CAUAUGAGUGUUCUCUCGCCACGAUCCGCUGGCUAUAUAAAGUGCAAACGGGGCCGAUGUCUGGCCAUUCAUUGUUUGCUCGCAGGCAAAUCCACUUCCCCCAACCCCAAAGCGAAGGACCAAAGGAUCUCGGGUCAUAAAUCGCAUUCAUUCAUCAUUAAUCUUGUGCCGCGUCUGAGUUUUAGGCUCGCGGAUUGUGUGUGUGCCUGUGUACUCUACUGUUUAUCAAAGCAAAGUCAAAUUAAAAGCCAAACAGCGUCAAAUACAAACAAAGAUUCGUCGGCUGCGAAAUAAACAAAACAUCGCAAAACGUGCGCGCCAACAAAAAACCGAAAGAAGGGAAAAAUUUGCCAUAAAUUUUCCUCAAUCCCCAAUUCUCCACCCCCUUUUCUUCGGCCCCAAAAACAUUUGUUUGCCGUAGAACGUAGAACAAAAGAAAGCAUUAAAGCUAAAAUGGAAGUGCAAAAAUUGCCAGAUCAGUCGCUGAUAUCCAGCAUAAUGCUCGAUUCCAGAUGUGGGCUGAACGACUUAUAUCCGAUUUCCCGGCUGACACAGAAAAUGGAGGACGCUUUAAGUGUUUCGGGAAAAGCCUCAACGCAGCCCAUCGAUAAGGACUGCCCCUAUACCAUCGAACUGAUCACACCCGAGGAUGGGGAGGCGGUCAUAGCCAUGCUCAAGACCUUUUUCUUUAAGGAUGAGCCCCUGAAUACGUUUCUUGAUCUUGGCGAGUGCAAGGAGCUGGAGAAGUAUUCCCUGAAGCCACUUACCGACAACUGCUCCUACAAGGCGGUCAACAAGAAGGGCGAAAUUAUAGGCCUGUUCCUUAAUGGACUAAUGAGACGUCCGUCCCCCGAUGAUGUGCCCGAAAAGGCGGCCGAUUCUUGCGAUCAUCCCAAAUUCAAGAAGAUCCUAUCGCUGAUGGACCAUGUGGAGGAGAAGUUCAACAUCUUCGACAUUUAUCCCGACGAGGAGUUGAUUUUGGACGGCAAGAUCCUGUCGGUGGACACCAACUAUCGCGGCCUGGGCAUCGCCGGUCGCCUGACGGAGCGGGCAUACGAGUACAUGAGGGAGAACGGGAUCAAUGUGUACCAUGUGCUCUGCUCCAGCCACUAUUCUGCCCGGGUGAUGGAGAAGCUGGGCUUCCACGAGGUGUUCAGCCUGCAGUUCGCCGAUUAUAAACCCCACGGGGAGGUGAUCUUCAAGCCGGCGGCUCCACAUGUCGGCAUCCAGGUGAUGGCCAAGGAGGUGACCACCGCGAAGGCGGCUCAGACAAAGCUGUAGAUGAUCUGCAUUUGGAUUUUGUAUGUGUACUAUGUGAUUCUUUAGUUUGUAGUUCGGUGGCGGGUUCCCGGUUAGUUCCAUGUCAAGUGUCUCCACUUUCGAUUCAGAGUAGCAUAAACAAACAGUACAAGUUACGUAUUUAUCUAAUUUAAUUCGCCCGUUGCGACGGUAAACUUAAGUGUUUUGUGUUUAGAACGAGCUCAAAAUAAAAACCAAUUGUCUUAAAACAAAAA